CGGAGAUCAGACUGUCUACUACUGAUACAGCACGCUGUUAACGUAACGCAGUUCAACGAGCUUACGCUAGUGUGCUGUGGUGCCACCGCACAGACAGGCAGGGCAGGCACGCUCACGCAGGCAACAAGGUGAAAACGGGAGAUGGGCUGAAAUCCUAUACACGCUGUCUACCCAACUUCUUCAGUUGUACAGAACCAUCAUUUGCUGGCGACGUUGCGUGCUUGUGGCAUGAGCAGCCGGCACCAUGCCUUACGUGGAUCGGCAGAAUCGCAUCUGUGGCUUCCUGGACAUCGAGGAGCAGGAGGGCAGCGGCAAGUUCCUGCGCCGCUACUUCAUCCUGGACACGGGGCUGCAGGGGAGUCUCGUCUGGUACAUGGACAACCCACAGAAUCUGCCCAUAGGUGCAGCCUGUCAGGGUUCACUUAAGCUCACCUACAUCUCCAAGGUCAGUGAUGCCACCAAGCUGAGGCCAAAGGCCGAGUAUUGUUUCGUCAUUAACGCCGGCAUGAGGAAGUUCUUCCUGCAGGCGAAUGAUCAGCAGGACCUUGUGGAGUGGGUCAAUGCACUCAACAAUGCAACCAAAAUCACUGUGCCAAAGCCUUGUGAGGCAGCCCAGGCAGGUGAACUGCAGAGAGGCCAGUGUGAGGCCCUGGGCUCCAGGAAGCAGGUCUCCUACAGGACUGAUAUCAUAGGAGGGGUCCCCAUCAUCACACAGACACAGGAGGGAGCAGACGGCCAGAACGGCGGCGACCGGGAGGUGCUAAAGCGCUCCCACAGCCAGCACCCCUACCGGCCAGCCCAGGAGCAGACCAUCCUCAAGGCCGGCUACUGCGUCAAGCAAGGAGCUGUGAUGAAGAACUGGAAGCGUAGAUAUUUCAUCCUGGAGGAGAACUCCUUGAGCUACUUCAAGUCUGAUCUAGAGAAGGAGCCUCUGCGUCUGAUCGCGCUGAAGGAGGUCCACAAAGUUCAGGAGUGCAAGCAGAGUGACAUAAUGAUGAGAGACAAUCUAUUUGAAGUAGUCACAUCCUCCAGAACCUUUUACAUCCAGGCUGAUAGCCCAGAGGAGAUGCACAGCUGGAUCAAAGCCAUCUCAGGGGCCAUCGUAGCCCAGAGAGGGCCUGGCAGAACAGCCGCUUCAAUGCGUCAGGCCAGACGGCAUUCGAACCCUUGUAUUCAGAGGUAUUGGGCCCGCGUCGCUGAAGGCAGCACGUAUGUGAGCUCCGCUACCUCAAAGCCGCCUCUCUGGCCUUUGCUCUCUCUCCCCUGUGGUUUAGAGGAGCACUCUGUCGGGUCCUCCUUUUUCUACCGCUCCCUCUCGUGCGGCCCCUCCCCUCAGCCGCCCGGCGGCGGCGGCGUGCCACCCUGCGGCGAGUGGCGAGGUGCCGCGCGGCCUGGCCUGGGACAGCGAGCACUUCAUGAGCCUGCUGCCGCUCCCCCGGCCGCAGGCCCGCCUGUCCCUGCAGGAGACGCGUCUCUCCAAGUGAGCCGCCAGCAGCUGCAGCAGCAGCAGAUGGAGGAGGAGGAAGAGCAGGAGGAGGAGGACGACGAGUCGCCGUGGCGCCGCCGCAGCAGCUUCGAGCCAUGCCCUUCCACAGAGCCCCCCCUGGAUCUGGAUGAUGCUGAGCUGCCUGUCAGUUUGGUCUGAUCUUUAAUACACACACACACAAACACACACACACGCACAAAACACACACACCCCUCCCCUUGCAUUGGUUGUUGGUAGAAAAUGGGAGUGGAAAACACAGUUGGAGAGAUUGAGUGUGGCGACUGGAUAGACGAAACUGGAAUCAUGGAGAGCGAAGUCUUGGCCUGUCAGGUGAGAAGAGUUUGGAGAAGCUUGGGGGGGAUUCAUUAACAAUGGGGGCUCUUCACUUGCAUCGUCCUCCAGGCAAGCUAACAGACCGUGUGGAUGGUCGUCAAGGACAGAUCAGCACAUACUUUGGGGUGCUCUUUCCGACCCCUCUCUUUUUAUUCUAUCUUUUCAAAUUUGGACAGGCUUUCUUCCAUAGUGGCCGUGCUGCCAGCCCUGAACCAUAGCAAUGGCAGGACUCCAAUGUGUGAUUGCUGUAGGCUAGCAGGCUGCUAGUAGGUUUGCAGAGGGAGGCCAGUGGAGAUUAUAGGCUGCAGGAAAAGGCUGGUAAUGAAGGGACUGGAAAAGGGGGAAAUAGUUUAAAGGCAAUGUGGACAGACAGCUGUCCACUGAGAACAUAUCCUUUCUAGGAUUCUUACUGAUGAUGUGGAAAGAGAGAUUUGUUUGAGUGAAUGAACUGUCUAUCCCUUUUUUCCUCCUACAUUUUUAUUUCUUUUUCUUUGCUUGACAUGAUCUGAAGCCAAGAUUUGAGGACUUCAACACAGGCAAAAAGCUGUGAAAAUAACCCCCAAAAAAACCCAAGCAGUUAGUCACCAGUUUAUUCUACCGUAACUUUGUUCUAACCAUAUAUUAAAUAUGCUAUCAUUAAACAGAUAAAUGAAGCAGGCAAGUGUUUUGUACAUGCUCAGCUCACAGCCUUAAAUUACUCACUAAUCAUGGGCCAUGCCACACACACACACACACACACACACACACACACACACACACACACACACACACACACAAUUUAACAAUCAGAUUUUGUCCUGGCUUAUAUUUCAUAUAGAUUUUAAAGCUAACAUUGAAAACAAACAGAUGUAUCUUCCCGUGUUGUAAAUAUAGAAUUAUAGGUACUACCCUUAAAAUUUCUAAAAUCUACUGUUUGAAAACCGUGAAAGUCACUGUAUUUAGUUUCUGGUUCAGCCAAUCAAAGUUGGAACCUUGAAUACAGUAUUUAAAAUGAAAGGCAGUAUGUGAGGAAUUAAAAUAUAUAUUUUUGCAACAACUUUUUGAGUGUCACUGCGUACCAGAAAAGAAGUCCCCUACCCCAGCACGCCUUUAGCUCUUAUGAUAAAUAGGCCACCAAAAAUGCAUACUGGCUGAGCAUGCGCACAGGUCUGGUGUAUAGCCCUGCACUGUGACCCCCAAUAGCCCAAUAGCUGCAUGCCCAGCAAUGAAGGGUGCAGAACAAGCAUCAUCCUGGGACCGUGUCGGCUUGGACUUGAGCUCACUGUGGAAAGCACAAAGAGAGAAAGUACGGAAGUACCCAAAACUCCGAACUGAAGACUACCUCAGUGGAGGUAUGUUUUACCUAUCGGGGCGAAGAGUGUGUGUGUGGUACACUCUACAAACUACAAGCUGCAGACUAGUCGCUUUGGCUUGCGAAACAAACAAUCAAAGACAGUGGCAGCUCAUUGGUUUGAGGGAGUCUUAAUAAAGAGAUUUAUAACAAUGUUUAAAAAUCUAAUCUUGCAUUAGAUUGAUGGUUCCUACUUUUACUGACUAAACCAGAGGCGAAGAGAACUUCAAUGUCCAUGGAACCCAUGUCUAGCACUUGAUGUGGAUUCCAUGAUUGUGUUUUGUGUUUUUUGCUCUACUUCUGUAUACUUUUUUUAAAAUAUUGAGCACAGGAGAAUUGACCAAGUGUUUAUAUAUUUGUGUUACAUGUGCCAGCAAAGGCAUACUGAAUUGCCUUCUUCAGAUGCUCUGUUAUCCUAGGCUGUCUUUCUUUCCUGCUUGCAUUUGCUGUGAUCUCAAUGAUUUCAAGAAAGCUGUACAAAGGCUUGAGUGAAAUUGAUGCCAAUGAAAUGGCAAUGGUUCACACCUUUUCGAUAUAAUUUCUGCUCAUGAACACGCUGAAUGGAAGGCACAAAAAGCAUUUUACAUGUGUUUUAAAGGUAUGAGAGUAUUUAAACACGCAUUAUCUCGACAAGUGACGUGUUGAUGACUUUUUGUUGACGUACUGAGAGUGGAAGACAACAGUUCCAUUGAAGAGGUCCACUAAUUCUGUUACCAUUUAACUGAAAUGCGGUUUAUUAUUUAACCAGUACAAAUUCUUGUGUUUGUCACAGCAGCAGGACUGGAUGUGGUCAGCUGAUUAUCUUUGUUGUGUGAUUGGCCCAUUUUAUACCCAUUGACGAUCAUACCAUUGGUGUCUGUGACCAUAUAGACUGCAAACCGUUUUUUUGUAUUUGGAUGGAGAUACUGCUGUGUUUGGUUUCAUGUCAGGACCUUUUGUAUUCCACUGUUUUCCUCUAGAUUACUGCUGUACAUGUGCCUGUACAUGCCCUGCCAAACUAUAUGUGUGUAAUUAUGUGGAAGUAAGCAGCCCCGUGCUUGUAUGAGUUUAUUUGUGUGAGUGUUUUAAUAGGGUCUGUGAGUUUGCUGCAAAACCUGUAUUACUGUCUGAAAAAGUGCCUGCGUAAUUUCUACUUUUAAAAAUAAUCAAAUUGUUUUAAUCCUGAUUCCACUCGGUUCAACACAACUGGUGUUACUGAUUUUUUUGUUAAUUUUGUGUUAUUUAUUCUAUGGUACAAAAAGAGGAAUAAACAUUUUUUAAUUCAAA